GAGAGAGAGAGAGAGAGAGAGAGAGAGAGAGAGAGAAAGAACGCGUGAAAGAGUGUGUGAAAGAGAGCGAAGGUCGCGAUGAACGGAUAGGUGCAACAUCAUCAAUCGCGCAUCAUUCGAGCGGGAGGGAAGGGUGCGUGUGCGAUACUACUCUUUUUCCGGCACGCGUAAUCGUCGAGAGACAGCACGGAUCGAGAGUGGCGGACUACUAGUCGUGCUGUGACGGAAGUUGGGCACUCUCUCGACGGCAUGUCGCCGUGACGAAUCGCAACGGCAGAUAAAGGUGGGAGCGACAGAAGCAGCAUCUUAUUCUAAAGGACAGAAGGAGAAGGAGAAGGAAAUAUGGGAAAAGGGGACAAGAAAGGCAUCGCGCAGCGCAGUGAUGCUAGCACCAACCUCGUGGGCAAAUUCACGCAGAGCGUCCGAAGGAUCGUCCAGGACGUGAAGGACGAAGGAACUUCAAGUGGACAGACGAAGGAGGAGGUGAUCGAGACGAACGAGAGGCUGAGAGUCGUAAGGAUACGCCUGGACGGGAGCUACGAGACCGCCAAAAGGGCCCUCGUCGAGCUGAUGUGCAAGUACACCGACAGCAAACAAGUGCGCAAUGUGUUCCAGCGUUACAACAUUCUCAAAGUUAUGAUCAAGGACGUAAUUAAGCUGGAGACGCAAUACUGGACUCUGGUGGAUAUACCGCGGCAAGAGAAACAGGAGACCGUGCCGGCUUUCGUGCUGCGUGCCUGCUCCAUCAUGGAGAAGACCCACAAGAGCGGCGAAGGCGUCAAGACCUCGGCGCGCCUGGCCGAGGAAGCCGAGACCAAGCGGGAGCGCAUCGAAAGACUUGAGAAUAUGACCACGGCGCAGAUCGAAGCGGAGAACACCCAGAUGACCAACGAUCUGUACAGGUUGUUGAAGAAGUACACGGGUCUCAGGAACCUCAUCAGGGACUUGAAGGAGGAGUACAACAGCUCGAAGGUGUAUCCGAUGUUUCCACGUUACACGAUACUGAAGGACAUGAUAAAGGACAUAAUGCACAACCCGGACUACAUGGAGGUCUGUCACGAGGUGGACCAAGCAUAGCGGCCCGACCCCCUCCACCGUUCGCCACGUAUGACCUUGUAAAUUCUUCAAGGUCUCCGCGUGGUCGUCGGUGAAGGGGGUGAUCCAGAGAAAAUCAUGCAGCUUCGACUCAUUUCACGCUGGACAGCGACCGGCUGUCCCGUUACGCCUUCCUUUGCGCCUUCGUUCUCACCCUGAGUCUCCGUUUUUCCGAUUAGCGACAGCGCCGUUUAGCCGCCGCCGUCUUUUAGUUGGCGUUUUACAGCGAUCGUGGGACGACGAGUCGCGCGUUAACGCGACGAGUCACGGAUUCCUCCCCGCGAAAUGGUACAUAUAAUUUCUCGCAGGUAAGUCAAGUCCAACUCUCACGGUCCAGGUCAAGUGUUUCGCGUUUUCGCGCGAGAUCGCACGAAGCCGACGAGCAGCAGCGGCUGCCGCGCUUUCGCGCGGAAACGCCGCUGCGCCCACCGGUCGAUCGUCGCGAACGAAUCGAAUGUCGUUCUCGGACAUUCGAUCGCGUUGCUCCUUUUCGACCGUGAAAGUCUGAGAGAACGAAGAGAGACAGAAAGCCAAUUCGAAGCUGAGCCGGAGGGAAGAAGAGACUUUAUUUCGCGGCGGGGAACACCGGGUAAGUCCGACGUUGAUAACUUCGAUGUAUUUUAUAAUUGAAUCCGAGACAAUUUUGAUAUUGGAAAUUAAAACGGCGACGCGAGCCGCUGAAAUUUUCAUCAUAGAAGUUUGCGCUUUCUCGAGUCGGCCGAAGAGUGGCCGCGCAGUGGUCGGCGACAAUUCUGAGGAGCGCACUGUCCGUGUGUAUCCAGCGUACAGCAUCGGUGUUAUUAAAUCCAAUAUUUUCCGAACUUUCAUUCGUCGUUCUGCCGCGACAGUGAUUCGAGUCUUUCCGGCGCGGGAUCCGCAGGAUUCUGUUGGCAGCGGCCGCCGAGAGUUUCUGCUCCUCCGAUCUCGCGUCGGGAUCAGUCGCGCGCGUCAACACACAAGGAACGCGCGAACAGCAGCUAGCCGCGUUUAUUAUCACACAGCGAGUGUCGCGCGUAUAUAUGGUGCACCAUUAUCGAUCGCUUCGAGACAAUUCGCACACCUGACGGGUGCCGAGUGAAUAAUGCGAACUCGUUCGCAGGCGUGAGUUUGUACAUAGGUGUAACUCGUAUGCGUGCGAAAUUGGCGUGAAUGAGCGGGCGAGCGUGUGAGAGUGAGUGCGCGUGAGACACUGGCUGCUCUCGGCUUCGGAGGAAGCUGCUUCGCAACCGUCGUAAAAUUCGUGAAUCUCAUUUACACGCGUGCCCUCAGAUUCGGCCUGGGUUAAGAAUAUACGCCAAUUAGACUCGCAAAUUUUACAACAGUUGCGAGUGGGAGCUUCCUCCGCUGAAAGCGGCUGCUAUUAUCCGCUUGCCGCUGUUACGUAGCGCUUUCGUAAUGAACGUGACGUCGCCCGAGAACGCAGCCGUCGCUCUCUCGUGCGCGACAAUCACGUUCUCGCUUCACCUACGACAAAGAUUACGGCGGAUCGAGGUGUUCGUGCGACGCCGGGAGGUAUAUUUAUAAAGAGAAACGUUAAUUAACCACUUAACGCUUAAGGGAACUGAGAUCCGGAGAGUUGGCGGAGAUCUUAUCAGUACUUUAUGUAUGAAUCAUGUUCGCUAUGCAUGUGUGUGUGUGUGUGUGUAUGCGCGCGUGUAUGCGUAAAGUAUCAAAGUAUUCGAAAUUCUCGCACUACCUACAAGCAGGACAAAGAGAUUAGAAGAUAUCGAGGCGUUUGAGGAACACUGAAGCUAGACACGUUUGCGAUGGCGGAACUUUGAUCGAUCGACUCGAUCGCUCGAAGCGGUCGAGAUCGGCGAGGUUAACUUUAAAUGUCUGUGGCAGUUUUAUUCGAAAUACUUUUGGAUAUAUUAAAUGUGUAUCGUACUUGAUGUGCGUAUGUGUGUAUGUAUGCGUAAGUAUAUGAGAGAGAGAAGAAGAGAGAAUGUUGAGAUAUUUAAAACGCAAAUUCAUAUUAAAGGAAACUUUUAUGUAACGCGUGAAUUUAUAUACACGAUAUGAUAUAUAUAUAUAUAUAUAUAUAGUCUCGAUAAACUGAUAUAAAUCAAGUCUAAAACUUGCGAGUUGAAUGCAGAUUCAGAGUUCAAGAGACUCGGGACUCGCGAACUUGGCAUUGAUUUAUCUCAGCGUCGAAUUCAGGGAUGAAGCAUGAAACCGCAGCCAGAGAAAAUCUCUUCGGGCUUGACUUAAUUUUGAAUUGUCGAGACACACGAACGCUCCAAGAAACGUUCGUUUUUCCCCUUUCCUUCUCUUUAUUGCUCUCUUCGAUUUCCGCGCAAAUUUCAUUUCAAAAUUCAUCCUCCCGCGCGAUAUAAUUCCCGUUGUUGUUUCGCUUCUCUCUACGUUGCUUUUAUCUCUUUAUCAAUUACUCCCUUUACGCAGCAGUAUGCACACGCGCUGUUGAAUAUUAAUCGGCAAUUUUCCGUGUGUGUGCCAUAAAUAUUCACGGAUUUUUCCCAUUUGAGGUGGCACGCGAUGCGUUCAUUAGGAGGCACGGAGAUAAGGCAAGAUCGCGUCCGCGAGGCACGCGGGUUUUAUUUUUCAAACGCGACUCGAGAUUUCUUCCAGCGCGUCGACAUACGUUCGUGCGCAUUUAGCAGAAAACGAGAAGGAUAGAUAGGAUAUUCGCGGCGUGCGUUCGAGCCGAGCGAGAUUAGUCAAUAGCUGAGCGUCGUGCAUCGAUGCGAUCCGCGAUGACGAGACUCCAUCAUCGAGCAAGCGCGUUUAGCGUCUAACUAAAUGUACACACCACUGAAUUUGUAUGUUUAACAAUAACGGCCACGUGAGAGCGACAUUGUCCUCACGUACAUUAAACAACGGGAGAGGCUGCUUUUGGACGAUACAAUUAAUUAAGCGUUAAUUUGGAAUAAUGAACAUAUCAUGUUACCAUAUAUUGCUACAUGUACUCCGAUGAGGAUAGUCCUCGGGAAAUCGCGCGCGCACACAGAGCGCUUAUUCGCGGUGACUUUUCGCGGAGAGAAAAAGUGACAAAAGAGUCCCGGAGAUGCAGAUACAAUCGAAGCGCAAACUCUCCUCGUUUUCCCUCGCGCGUAUCCGAAACAUUCCCGAAGAGUUUCAGAAACGAGAGUUGCCGAGUUAUCGCGAGGGGGUACCUCGUUAAUCAACGAGCGCGUGAAAUUUACUGCGCACGUUACAAUUAAUUGCUCGAGAGAAAUUGCUCGUCGAGCGACGAGCCUCACGGAUAAAAGACGAAACAUCCAGAAGGGGGGAAAUGAAGGAUGAAAACCUGUCAACACGGUGUUGCUGCGGAGCAACACAAAAGAAAAAGAAAAGAGGGAGAGAGAGAAAAAGAGAGAGAGAAGAAACUGCGCCGACGAGGAGACCGACUGCGAGACUCUCGCGAAUCUUUCUCGUGGGACUUUCGAUCGGAGUAUUUGCAUAUACGCGCGCGCGCGCAUGCAUAUGCAUACCGCGCGCGCUGUUCGAUACCGAGAGAUAAACACGGGGGUUGUUAUCGGAUCGCUGGGAGAGAUGCGGUCAGCGACAGCUAUCCCCGACGUAUUAAAUGUGCCAUGUUCUCCAAGUGCUAUAUACCUCGUAACAGGUAUCUCUCUCUCUCUGCGUAAAAGUCGCAUGGACGCGAAUUGUACGUACACGCGAGUCGCACCGGCCGUGAAUCAGCGCUAACCGGAGGUCGAGGUCGUUUCCUUUCUCUGUUCGGCAAGCGGGGGGAGGGAGGGGGGAUUACCGUUUCCCCGGUCCCGGUGAAUUAAAAGUAUUCGUACGACGACCGUAAAGCGUUAAAUAAAGCGCUAACCACGCUCUCUCACGUGUGAAUAAAAUUCCUCUCGCCAAAGAAUAAAUUCGAGUAUCGAGAAGAAUUUCCGAUAGUCCGAAUGGAUAUCAAAAACAGAUACCGAAAGAGGAGAAAAUGAAACGGGAGUUACGGUAGGUCAAACCUCGGUGUGCCGUCGUAGAUUAAUUAAAUUAAAGGUCCAAUUUAUGCCAUUAAAGACAAAAUGAAGAGAAUUUCUCGUGCUUUCUGGAAGACCUCUGAGAAAUCCGACUGCUCAAGAAGGGAAUUCGUAAAUUGAAAUUGGCUCUAAUAAGCCCUGAUAAUACAUCGAGGAUUAAAUAUUGUAUUUUACAAGUAUUCGGCUACAUAGAGAGAGGAAAUUACAGAAACAUCUCAAUAUUAAUCGUCGUUACCUGAUUCGGACUUCGGUACGACUCAAUAAAAUUCAAAAAAAAUUCAAAGUGCACAAGAGUGAAGUAGAUUAACAAACACGCAAAGAACAAGAAAACUCUAACGGCUGAGAAAGAAAGAAGGAGAAAGAGAAAGAGAGAGGGAGAGACAAAGAAACCAUCGUUGUUAUAAAACUGUAAGAAUCACCUAAUAAUGCUCGUGUUAAGAUAACUAUACGAUUUUUAGUUCGUAUCGGCAACGAGUCGCUCCGAAGCUUGAGAAUCAUUUCGGGAAUGAGACGCGAUCCUGCUAUUACGUUUGUCACGGGAAGAAGUUCACAGAAAUACGCAGAGUGUCUUUUCCUGUUCCAAUACUAGUAGUUAUAAAUUCGUCGCGAUCGAGGAAUCUCGUGAUUCCCGCGAGUGAAUCUAAUCGUGUUACGCAACCGAGAUUCUCGUUCGACUUUCGUUCCACCCACGCGAACGUAAUAAGAGGAUCCUCCGGGAUUCAGUUGUUGUUCUCAUAUCACUAAGAUCUAAACGUAUAACGAUGUAUACUAUAUUAAAAUACAUAUUAUAACAAUGGCUGACAGCCCGAAAUCAAAAUGCAAAAUAUAAUGCGCGGCGGACAUUGGGACGACGAUGGAGGCUCCCUUCCUCGCAUUGCGGGCCCUUUUCAAUGUUCGCCGAUGUUUAGUGCCCUCCCGUUCCCUCGACACUUGUAUCCCCUCCCAGCCCCUUUUCAACCGUUUUCUUGCACUGUAAUCAAAACGAGUGUAAUUUAUCAAAGUGUCUAAUCAAACCUAACUAGUAUCCUUAAUCGUACUAUUCGUGAAGCUGGAUACAGGCGAAAUGGGAAUCAAAACGUCGCUUCUUCCGAUAAUUUUACGAGAUUAAAAAGAAAGCAAAACGUCGCUUUACUUUUCCUUUUACCAUUUUAUCUCAAACGGUAUAAGAAAAUCAAAAUUUUCGGCGAAAAUACUAAUAAAGUAUUUUUAGAGAGGAUAUUUUCUUUCCUUCAAAAAGAAAAGGGAUAAUCAAACAGAAAUCGAUGCUCGCCAUACAGACGCUUUAGAUGUUAUCUCAGCGAAAAAUUCCGAAUGUCGGACAUUAUUUUUCUUUAACAUGCUGCGUCGUCGCUGCAGCAUAACAGUGCUGUUGAAUUCUAAACGGCAACAGAGUCAACAAUCAGCUGCAUUAUGCAGCGCGUAUUGUUACGUUGUUGCUGUUAGCAUUGAACGUUAAUACUCGUUGGCACAUGGCCGUGGAAAGAUCUUUGAUCUUUCCACGGUAACAUCAAAAUGCGAGUAAUUAAUUUUAUGGAAAUAUCGACAGGGCGGUGUUCUGUCUGCAUCCAGCGCGUUUACGAAACCUCCUCUCCGCAUUGUGUGACCGUUUAGAAUAGGGCUUUCGACAUACGUGUGUUUUACCCUCCACUAUGCAUACACUGCGUACAUAAAGAGAACACGUUUUAGAUACAUUGUUAGGAAAUAUCGAAUAAUUUCUCGCGACACACCAUAAUUCCGACGAUUUUUUUCGCAGCACCCCGAGUGAAGUGAAGCGAAAUGCUUCUUCGAAAUAUUUUAUCGCAAUGAUUCGUUCGAGUCGAUUUCGUUGUCGUUUUCUCGCGCAUCUGCUCGCGAAUUAAAUUCACAUCCGUAAGGAAGAUUGAAUUCUCCGAAAGUUUACCGAACAGUCCAUAUCGCGAAAAUUUGCAGGGUACCUCCGGUAAGAUCUAGAAAAAGAUCCCUCUUCGUUCUGUGUUUUUUAAAUAAGCGAGAAAACUCUUCGCGGAUUUUCCGGGCAGAGAUAUUUUGCGGCCGAGUGAUUUUUCCGAAUUUCCCCGGAGAAUUUUUCGGCGAAGUUUUAGCGUCAUCAUUUUCCACGUCCGAGCAAAUGUAACCUUCCCGAGGCGGAAGCUUUGAGAUACUCCGCGUAAUCGCGAGAUAUAUUUUCCGGCAGUUUGGAGUCUCUAAAUAUAUCCGACAUCUUGCGGAAAACUUUUGUAUCUAUUUAUCCGUUUUACGGCACACUCGUGUAAAAAUAUUUGUAACCUUAUAUUCGUAUCGUAAACCGCGAAUUAUAUAUAUGUGACCAAAGUAAAAAGAGCAAAAAAGAGGGAUUAAUCUAUAAAUCUAUAGAAUUUAUCUAUGGAUGGCGACGUCGCGAGUGUGAGGUUCAAUCGAAGACUAUGAUAUCCAAGAAGGUCUAAAUGCCAACGAUAAUUAUUUUUGUUGCUCGCGUAAAAUCACCGGGUCAAUUUGUCGAGCGCGACCAAUGAACGAUUUGUACCGUAAUUAUCGCGAUAUUGCUUGUUGUAAUUAUGAGUCCUGCCGUAAUUGAAUUAUAUUUUAAUCGAGUUUCACGAUAACGGAAUUUGCUCGUGAUCGAAGUUUAUUGCAGUUAAAUUGUGUCGGUGUGCCCACAUGCUGUACGUGUUGUACAUUAAGUAACGACCUAUUUUACGCGCGUUCAUUGUGCACGAAUGCUAACUUGCAAAAUAGAUGAGUUUCCAUCUUGGCUUUACCGCGGAUGAACUAUAAUGAUUGACGCGUAGACCGUUCCGAUCUUACGAUCUUCAAUUCUCUCAUUAUCUAUAUCGAUAAUCGGACUGGUCAUUAUAAUAUUUAUAGCUCGCUCUCAUCGUGCGAUUUUCCGCACGUCGUCGCUCGUGAAUCAGCGGUCGCGAUCGCACGAGGCUCACCGAGAAGCUUCUUCUUGCAGCAGCUUUGACCCCCGGUAACGUCUCUAAUUAUGUACAAUAUCCAAAUUACACUCCUUUUCUCUAAUUGCAAAAAAGGAGAGGUAUUUUAGGAAGUUAAUUAAAAAGAUUUUAAAUUGUGGAAGAAGGGGUGAGACAAAAGAGGCACGCGCAACAUCGCGCGCUUGAUAUUUUUCGAGUAGAUUUUCCACGUCGCGUCGGAAACAAGGAAUAUUCUAAUUAGAAAGAUAUCCGCGAGUGCGUCCGCGAGAGAAUCGCGCGAUGCGAGCGAGUCAUUCUCCACGAUAUCGCGCUGUUGUAACGGGGAGGUCCCCCGGGAUUAUCGCCGGGCCCCAUCGCCUCCUCCCGGCGCGGCUGAUAUUUUUUAACGCGACAGCGAACUUUCUUAGACCAAUUACCGUGUAACGCGCGUGUAUAAGAUGGACUUAUUAAGAUAUAUUUACCGUAUAACGCUAAAAAACAUAAAAAACAAACCGUACGUGUAGCGACGGAAUAAAGCUAUACUCGAUAUGCAAUGUCUCUGAAUUGAAGAAUAAUAGCAAGCGUGCUCGCCUUUUCGACGAAAUUAGGAGAGUGCCAAAUAGAUUUUGAAAGUUUAUACGCGUACGUGUGUAGGUAUGUGUGUAUGCUUCUGUAUAUGUAUGUAUGUAUGUAUUGCAUGAGCGAAAAUGGGCAUGAAUGAGUACGCACAAUUGUGCGCGUUUACGUAUGCGCGUUUUUGUCACGUUUUUACAGCGUGCUGAGUGCAAAGUUUUGUGAGAAAGAGGGAUGGAGCAGUGCUCUCGUUCGCUGAAUUGAUCGUCAUCGAGUGUUUAAUUCAACAUUUCUCCUUGUUGAAAAAUUCACGCUGCUGAACGAUUCGUCAUUUAUUCAUUUUCCCCGCGAGAUGUUCAAUUAACGAUAUUUUUGCUAUCGAAAUGUAUGAUUUCCCCGGUGAGCGCAUUACGUUCCUCGAUUGCAAUUAUGUUGCACUAAGCUCUCUGUAGCGAAUGCAGCGAUUAGCAUAGAUUGACGAGAGAGCAUGAGAGCAUGAGAGCGAGCGAGCGAGAGCGAGAGCGAGAGAGAGAGAGAGAGAGAGAGAGAGAGAGAGAGAGAGAGAGAGAGAGAGAGAAGUUACGUUUUAAGGCUUAGAAAUACCGUAAGUGGAACGUGGAAGGAGAGAUAUACACGAUGUAAUACGCGAUACAGGAUUCGUAGAGCUAAAGAUCACUUCAGCGAAAAAUAGCCACUUAUCGUCUAAGUAUAAAAUAACGAACGCGUAUACAGAUGUCGUACAUGAGAGAUCUACCGAAUGUGUUUUAAAGAACGUGUAUAUGGUAGACUUACUUAAUUGUACUAGUACUGUAACGUGACCCUUUUAAUGGCCCUUCGACGUUUCGUGAAAUCUACCGGACGUAACGGAAACGCGAUUCGAUGCUCUCGAUCGUUCAAUGUCGGUAUCGGUUUUACUUUAUAAGGUCGGCUGAAUAUUUUUACGUGCUAAUUAUACGUUAAACUUCGAUCGUCACCUCAACGAUUUUCUUCCUUAAUUUUCCGUUGGCCCACUCGGCAGAGUGGAGUGUCGCGCGAUCGAAAACGUCGCGCGUCCGAGUUUGCUUGACGAACGAUGAAAUGUCUGCACCGUCGGUAUCUUGAUUUCAUGCGCUGCGAAUUAAUUGCAGCGACCAUCGGGGGGCCAUUAAUAUACUACGAGAUACUAAACGCAUAUGGAUAAGUGUACUAUAACUGCGUUAAUUGCGGGGAUUCCAGCUGAUUUCUAGCGAGGAAACCCGAGACUCUACUGAUCGUCGCUCCUAAUUAAGUGUGUUUGCAGAUUUGCAGAUGAUAUUCUCGACCAAUCUAUUUGUCUAUAAUCAUCGCAUUACUACGGUGUCUGUCUUGUCUGAUAUCACAUGUACGCUCACGUGACACGCACGAAUGUCUCACACAAAUGCAAGAAAGAAAGAAAGAAAGAAAGAAGGAAGGAAAGAAGGAAAGAAAGAAAGAACGGAAUCUAACGUUUUGAUCCACUCUUCUUCUAUACGCGUCAGGCGCACAUAAUAUAUACAUUUUACACGAUACACAUAUAUCCGCUUUGUAUUAAUGGUAAGCGCUUCGGGUGCAUAUCGAGAAUAAGUCGUAUAUAGAUGUAACGUUUUUACGAAGAAAUAUAUUUUGGCAAAUUCUUCGUGGGCGAGUUCAGAGAAAAAGAAACCUUCUGAGGAAACCGACACUCCUCGAGACCGCUCAUUUCUUUACGACGAGACGUGUUUGUACGGGGUGUCUCUCUUUCUGUCUCGAGAUGAGGUCUUCGUAGAAGCGGACGAAUCCAAAACCACCGACGGCGAUCUAUUCUCAUCAUUUCCUAAGUCGCAAUGACUUCUUCCAAGGUGUAAUUAUUUGAUUUUUCAUUUUCAUCAUUGUUUGUCUUUUUUGUUUGACAUCAACCUGUCGGAUUAGAGAGUAGAGGAAGUUCAUCUCUGUUGGAUUUAAUAAUACAAAUAUUCGUCGGCAUGUCGUUUCUUGUAAUGAGAUUCUUUUCAGCACGAUUGCGAGAGUAAUGACAAAACUGAACGCGAAAUUGCUCGGGGAAUUUGUUGCUGAUAGAGGGACACUCCGUGUGAAACUUCGAAAUUUAUUAUCAGUCACCCCCCGCGUGUGCACUCAUCGUUCGUUUCAUUCAGCGAAAUGAAGUGACUCCUUUUAUCUAGAGACUCGAUGUAUAGUAUCAAGUGUAUAGACGGUAUCGUUAGUUCGGCUAGCUUUUGCGUACUUUGUAAAAUGCGCGCUGUAAUAAACAUCGGCGACUUGGUGAGCGUGCGAUUCAACGAGGCGUAUCGGCAGAACAGCGCGCAAGAAUCUGUUGAAUUGCGCCAGUCUCGGCGGGCGAUUGAAGUAUACGAGAGAUAGAUUCCUUUCAUGCAUAAAGAACGUAUUUUCGAAAUUUCGGAAAAUGGAGGAUUAAUUCUACAAUCGUGUUAAUCGCCGCUAUCGAGUUAUAUUAUCGAGGGAAAAAUUUCAAUUCUAUCGCAAUGACGAUAAGUUACGUUGGCCAAUAAUUCUCAUGAUUUUUAUAAUCUAUGUGCAAAUUCCUUGGAACACAUUCGUCGUGGAAAAUUAAUUACUACAUACUCAUAAUUUUGUCGUGCUGGGAUGAUUUCAACGAAAAUUAUGUUUGACGUGUCGCUCCGAUACAGCGUUGAAUCGUCGAGGCACGAUCUCGCGCGAAAUUUAUUAUAUACGCGCGUUUCCGACUCGACUGGAUCUGUAAUGAAUUAGAGAAUAAUCGUUGUUACGCACCCGCUUUCCCCACUUCUCUCGUCUGUUGAUGCCAUUAAUCGCUAGUCGCCGUAGCGUAUAGUCACGUGCAAGAAAAUUAACACUGUUGUGAAGUUUGUAUGUUUCGUUACAGUCGAAUCGCGAGGGCCGCAUCCGAUCCCUUUUGUUUCUCCGCGAAGUCUCGCCUCGUCGCGAUUUCAUCAACAUCGGUACACUUGUCAAAAUGCGAAGAAAACGAGGGAAAAGUUUUUAAACUCUGUAGACGACGACGUACGCGUAUGUACGAGCCUUUGAAUAAUUUCUCGACUUGCAUGAGAACGCGUAUAACUCAGAUAUUACUACUUCCACAUGUAUAUGUAUAUUUUUCUUCGGAGUAACACGUGCCGUUUGUAAAGCGCGCAGUACAGCAAGUCCAUUCACGAGAAUUCCAUUCGCAAGUUUCAAUCUCCGAGAGCGUAUAUGCGUGUCAAAGUAAAUCUCGAAUAUCCGGCCUCCGGGUGAAAUCCUCUCUUUCAAGGAUACGGCAUUAGAAAACUGCGUCCAUUAGCAGUGCGAUUCUCGCGACUCGACGACGGUAACGGCUUUAUGUCUGAACAAGUGUUCAAUAGUAAACGAUUAGUCUUAGUAGAAGUCAUGCUAGAUUAGCGAGACGUAACAAAUGCUAGAUGUCAUAGCGUUACACACUAUAGUUACUCCACCGACCCUCCUAUUUAUCGCACCCCGUGUGAGUUUCUCCCGCCGGAGGGAGAGAUAGUUGGUAGCGACAUUAUAUGUUAGGCUAGUACACCAAACUGUACUUAGAACCUAGUCAAAAUCAGUUUGACGGAAAAGUGUAUGCCGCAAUAACGCUCUGAUUUCGUUCGAUGUGUCUUUGUUAUCGUGAAAGAGGCAUUACUCGUUUAUUGGCUGUUAUAAGCUUUGUUAAUAAAAUAUUAUGAAAUUUUACAUGAA